AAGUGAUGACUUCCUUGCUUUCUGUGUCAGCUGUGAUGAACCAGAAGAGGAUGUAGAAACUGACAGAUAAAGGUCUUUUUUAGGCAUUUUUUAAAGGACAACCCGACUCUUCUGAGCAGAUAAAGAGUCAGACAGAACCGACGACAUGAUUUUAGCAGCAUACUUGUGGUUUUUCUCGCUGGUUUCGUCGGUCGGAGCAGCAAAGAGUGGAGGAGACGAUGACUGGGUUCAUCUGGCUAACAAAUGUGAAGUGUGUAAGUACGUCAGCAUCGAGAUGAAGUCGGCGUUCGAUGAGACGGGGAAGACCAAGGAAGUCAUCGACAGGAACUACCGCUUCAUCGACAGCAAGGGGGCGCCGCCAAUCAAAUACAACAAGUCAGACCUCCGAUUCAUCGACGUGGUAGAAAAUGUGUGUCAGAGGCUGUUAGAGUACAAUCUGCACAAGGAGAGGACUGGAAGUAACCGCUUCGCCAAGGGCAUGUCAGAGACCUUCUCCACCCUUCAUGGUUUGGUGAAUAAAGGAGUGAACGUGGUGAUGGAUAUUCCCUUCGAGCUGUGGAACGAGACUUCGGCGGAGGUGGCCGACCUUAAAAAACAGUGUGACGUGUUGAUCGAGAAGUACGAGGACGUGAUUGAGGACUGGUACAAAGGAAGCCAGGAGGAAGACCUGACCACUUAUCUGUGUGAGAAGCACGUUCUCAAAGGACAGGACGCAGCCUGCCUGAACGAGGAGUGGACCGCGAAGAAGAAGGGAGACCAGGCAGCCAUCGCGGAGGACAAGAAGAAGAAGAAAAAGAAGAAGGGAGGGAAGAAGGGAGAGGGAGGAGACGGCGGCUCGGAGGGAGAGAAAUCCACCAAGAAGAAGAAGGAGAAGAAGGUGAAGAAGAAGAAAAAGAGCAAAGCUCCGGUGGAGAAGACAAACGGAGGGGCGUCGUCGGACGAGGACAUCCAGCCACAGAUGCCUCUGUCUGGGCAGAAGACGGAGCUGUGACGCCCCGGUUCCCGUCUGGACCCGGAUCAAAACUCAACGCUUAGUAAAAAGCAGUCUGCAGCUUCUUCUUCUUCUACUGUCGUCUAAAACCGAAGUUCAAGUCGCUGAUUUUGCUAAAUGAGAUCUUGUACUGUUACACGCGGGGUUUAAAGUCUUUACUUCAGUUUCUGACGCUCUGAAACAUGUUGCAGUUUCUUGGUGUGAGAAAUCAAAACCAGUUAUCAGAACUUUAGUUUUUAAGGUUUACUUUUGUCAUUAAUGCUCAUGGGUUUUCGGGUUUUCAGGCACCCUUAAAGGGAUAGUUCAGGUGUUUUGAAGUGGGGUCGUAUGAGAUAUUACAAAAACAUAAAUAACAGUUUAAGUGUUUGACAUAUUUAGAAUAUUUUUGCCGGUUUACCUCGCCGUGAGACAGCUGUACAGUCAAUGUUUCUGACGGGGAACUGAAGACCUUAUCUUUUCUCUCGCCAAAGCCACCAGACUCCAUAGAAAAAAACAGUGAUUUUACCUCGCAGAACACGGGAGAUGCUGGUCUAGCGCUGCCUCGAUCGGUUCGUUUGUUUGUGUUGUUGUGUGACUUUGGUUACUUCGGAUUCACUAAAGUCACACAAUAACACGAACAAACUAACCGAUCGAAGCAGCGGCAGACCAGCAUCUCCCGUGUUCUGCGAGGUAAAAUCACUGUUUUUUUCAAUGGAGUCUGGUGGAUACAACGGCUUCAGUUCCCCGUCAGAAAGGGCUGUCUGACAGCGAGGUAAAACAGUGAAAAUAUUGUAAAUA